UCCACGUUCAACCGAAUCCCACCCUGGUGGGAAGAGGACUUGCUCGAUACAGGCGUCCCGCGGGUCACUCUGGGUCUCGUCGGGCCACCUAGGAGAGUGCCGCGGGAGCUGGAGGGCAGCCUGAGAGCGGCGUUCUACGCGGAGCGGCGUGGGUUGGUGAAGACGACGCCAACACGGCUGGGAAGCCCCAGGCCAGCAGCGGAAGUCCACUCGGCCCGCCCUGCGACUUUGAAACCGGUGCCCCGAACCACUCCUUGGAGACGGUGACGCCGCUUGCGUCAUCACGCGGGCGUUGGCGCUUACGCCAUCGCGCGUCCUAGAGUCCUAGCACGCUAUUGGCUGGCUGUCAAGCAAUAGGAGGAGUCGUGAGAACCUGGGUGACAGCUGAGCCACCGGCUUGGCGCGGCGGGCAAACUGGUGGGACAGUGUCUCCAGGUGGUGGGGCCCAACCUCUUUUUUUUUAAACCCAAAAUGCAAACGUGAGUAGGGCAUGAAAUACACAGUUUAAAUGCCCUCACUGUCUUUGGGUUACUAAUAUACUAAGCCUUUCUGGACUAAGUAAAGGAUGCAGGUUCAUGCGGCUAGGGGUAGAAGCCAGACUUGGGUCUUCAGAAUCUCCCACCAAGGCUGUACCUCUGGAGGAGUUCUGUGUUUCGAUUUGGUCAUCUCAAGAAGAGUCUUCAGAUGGAUUUUAAAAUUGAACACACUUGGGAUGGUUUUCCAGUGAAGCACGAGCCGGUAUUUAUCAGGCUGAAUCCAGGUGACAGAGGAGUGAUGAUGGACAUUAGUGCUCCAUUUUUCAAGGAUCCUCCAGCCCCACUUGGAGAACCAGGAAAACCUUUCAAUCAACUGUGGGAUUAUGAAGUUGUGGAAGCAUUUUUCUUGAAUGAUAUAACUGAGCAGUAUUUAGAAGUUGAACUUUGUCCCCACGGACAGCAUUUAGUGCUUUUACUUUCUGGAAGAAGAAAUGUGUGGAAACAAGAACUUCCUUUAUCAUUCAGAGUGUCCAGAGGAGAGACAAAAUGGGAAGGCAAAGCUUAUCUCCCUUGGAAUUAUUUUCCACCAAAUGUGACAAAAUUCAAUUCAUUUGCAAUUCAUGGAUCAAAAGAUAAACGAAGUUAUGAAGCUCUUUACCCUGUACCUCAGCAUGAACUGCAACAAGGACAAAAACCUGAUUUCCAUCACCUAGAAUACUUCAGACCUUUCAAUUUUAACACGCUGCUUGGAGAAGAAUGGAAACAACCGGAAUCAGACCUGUGGCUAAUAGAGAAAUGUGAUGUAUAGGAGUGUAAUAGAUAACCAUACUGAUCAUUUUUCUCUAUGUCUUUUAAGAUAAACAAAAAAUAAAUAUCAAUUUUUUAAGAUGUCAUGCAUACAUUUCAACAACAAAUAUUUUCAUAGAAGUCACUGAAAAUAUCUGUGGCAAAUUGCAUAUGAUUAACAAGACAAUAGAUGAUUCUUUGUAGAUGUUUCAUCUGUAAAGUCACAGUGUUUCUCACAGUCACUUAGUCCAGGAUGUUACAUUCCCAGCACACAGUACAGUUAUUCUUGAGAACUACAGGUGAGAAAGGGGGGACAAUUGAGUUUGUCCAAGGCCACCUAGAGCACUGUCCUGCACUACCUUGUGAUUCAGCUAUUUCAUUCCUAGAUAUACACCCCAGAAAAAUGACUGCUCAUAGAAGCUUUAUUCACAAUAGCACAAAACUGUAAACACUCAAAUUUCCAUCCAUAGGAAAAUGGAUAAACAAACUGCAAUAUAGUCAGCGGAAUACUGUUCAUUAAAAAAAGGACGCUGAUACAUGCAACAACCUGUAUGAAUCUCAAAAACAUUAAGUAGAGCAAAACAAGCCAGACAUAACAUACUAUCUAAUUACUUUUACAUUAAAGCCACUUCUAGGCAAAACUAGCAUUUGAUGAUGGAUACCAGAGUAGUGGCUGCUUUGAGUGAGGGCAGGGAAUUCAAAUUGAAUGGAAAAGGAGCCUGAGGAAAUGUUCUGGGGUGAUUGAAAUGUUUUGUAUUUUGAUCUGGAUGACGGUUAUGUAGUUGCAUACAUUUGUCAACAUGCCUCAUGCUGUAUGUUUAGAUUUGCGAUUUUAGUAUAUGUAAAUUAAUUCGUUAAUAAAAUACUAUUAUAAAAUAAGCUAUAAAUUAAAUGGAAUUAACUUCAAGUUUA